CGAGACGUGGUACCACAGCAGCGGGACGGGCAGCAGACACACAGAGGGACACGGGAUUAAACUGCGCCUCCGCUCAGGCCAAGACAUGAGUUUCUCCCGCUGAAGGUUUUUGGUAUUGAACUGAGUGGCCCAGUGCUGUCUUCCAGUAUUUCCCAUCGGUUUUCUGUCACCUGUUUGUGAGCAGCCAUGACAAAGUCCUACGAGUUCAACUGGCAGAGGCACCUGCCUGAGUUCAUGCAGGAAGGGGCUUCCUUUGACAGGUUCGAUGAGGACCCAUACAUGUUUGAACCUAAUUGUCAGAUGAAGGUGGAUGAAUAUGGAUUUUUCAUCACCUGGAAGAGUGAGGGAAAGGAAGGCCAAGUUCUCGAGUGUUCCCUUAUCAACAGUAUUCGCGUUGGAGCCGUACCAAAGGACCCCAAGAUAUUGUCUUCAUUUGAGGCUAUUGGAAAGACUGAGGCAGACUUGGAGGGCUGCAUCAUCUGCAUCUGCAGCGGCGCCGAUCUCGUCAACCUCAACUUCAUGUUCAUGGUGGCUGAGAACCCAGACACAGCUCGGAAAUGGAUUGAGGGUUUGCGGUCAGUGAUCCACAACUUUAAGGCAAACAAUGUCUGUCCGAUGACCUGCCUGAAGAAGCAUUGGAUGAGAAUGUGCUUUCUGACCAAUGUCAAUGGAAAGAUUCCUGUGAGAGGAAUUACACGGACAUUUGCGUCAGGGAAGACAGAGAAGGGGAUCUUUCAGGCUCUAAAGGAUCUGGGUCUUCCUAGUGGAAAGAAUGAUGAGAUUGAACCAGCUGAUUUCACCUUCGACAUUUUCUACGCCCUCACACAGAAGAUCUGCCCUCGCACAGAUUUAGAAGAUCUAUUUAAGAAGAUCAAUGGGAACAAAACUGAUUAUUUAACAGUAGACCAGUUAGUCAGCUUUCUGAAUGAAAACCAGCGUGACCCUCGCUUAAACGAGAUCCUGUUCCCUUUCUACGACCCCAAGAGAGCAACGCAGAUCAUCCAGAAAUACGAGAGGGACGAAGAGCUGAAGAAGAAAGGCUGCAUGUCUAGCGACGGAUUCUGUCGCUACCUGAUGUCAGAUGAAAAUGCUCCGGUUUUUCUGGACCGGCUGGAGCUGUACCAGGAAAUGGACCAGCCGCUGGCACACUACUUCAUCAGCUCGUCCCACAACACCUACCUGACAGGCCGACAGUUUGGAGGAAAGUCUUCUGUGGAGAUGUACCGCCAAGUUCUGCUGUCAGGAUGCAGAUGUGUGGAGCUUGACUGCUGGGACGGGAAAGGGGAGGACCAAGAGCCGAUCAUCACUCAUGGCAAGGCCAUGUGCACGGACAUCCUGUUCAAGGAUGUUAUCCAAGCCAUCAGGGAGACAGCGUUCAUCACGUCAGACUAUCCUGUUAUCCUGUCUUUUGAAAACCACUGCAGUAAACCGCAGCAGUACAAGAUGGCCAAGUAUUGUGAGGAGAUCUUUGGUGACCUCCUCCUUAAACAGCCUCUGGAAAACUUCCCAUGUUUUGUUUUCCAGAUUGAAGCUGGCCGUCCGUUACCUUCACCAAAUGACCUCAAACGUAAAAUCCUGAUUAAAAACAAACGCUUGAAACCAGAGGUUGAACAGAAGCAGCUAGACUCGUUCAAGAAACACAUGGAGGCAGGAGAGACCAACACGCCGGCCAUCAUAAUGGGAGAGGAGAACGAAGACGACACGGAGAACGGUCAAGUCAAUGACAGCCUGUGUUUAGGUACAGGAGAGAAGGAUGCAGAUGACAAGGACUUGAAUUCAGACGCGCCCAGCAGUCUGUCAGAGGCACCGAGUGAGAAAGACGCCAACAGCAUUUCACAGAGUAAUGCUGUCAGCUCGAGGAAAGAGGAACAACAAAGCAACAGUAUCAAAAAGGUGGUCGACGAUGAAGUGACAGAAAUGUCCGAGGCCACAGAAGGAACAGACAUCACUGACGUCUCUGAAGUGUCUGACCAAGACAAUAACAAGAAGGGUGUAGAGGUGCCAGAAGACUCUGAGGAGGCACUGAUAGCUCAGUACACCUACGUGGGAGCCACAACGAACAUCCAUCCCUACCUCUCAGCCAUGGUUAACUACGCUCAGCCCGUCAAGUUCCAGAGUUUUGACGUGGCAGAAGAGAGGAACAUCCACCAUAACAUGUCAUCUUUCAAUGAGUCUGUCGGACUGGGCUACCUGAAGACCAAUGCCAUCGAGUUUGUCAACUACAACAAGCGUCAGAUGAGCCGUAUCUACCCCAAAGGGGGCCGGGUGGACUCCAGUAAUUACAUGCCUCAGAUCUUCUGGAACGCGGGCUGCCAGAUGGUCUCACUCAACUUUCAGACCCCAGAUUUGGCCAUGCAGCUGAACCAAGGAAAGUUUGAGUACAACGGCUCUUGUGGGUAUCUGUUGAAGCCUGACUUCAUGAGGCGGUCAGACCGAAUGUUUGACCCUUUCUCAGAGACGCCAGUGGAUGGCGUCAUUGCCGCAACGUGCAGCGUACAGGUGUUUUCCGGUCAGUUCCUCUCAGACAAGAAAAUUGGCACGUACGUGGAGGUCGACAUGUACGGGCUGCCAACGGACACCAUCCGGAAGGAGUUUCGCACUCGUAUGGUGAUGAACAAUGGUCUGAACCCUGCCUACAAUGAAGAACCCUUUGUCUUCAGGAAGGUGAUAUUACCAGAUCUGGCCGUGUUGCGCAUCGCCGUCUACGACGACAACAACAAGCUGAUUGGCCAACGCAUCCUGCCUCUGGACGGCCUCCAGGCCGGAUACCGACACAUCUCUCUGAGGAACGAGGGCAACAAGCCUCUGUCGUUACCGACCAUCUUCUGUCAGAUCAUCCUCAAGACCUACGUGCCCGACGGCUUCGGAGCUAUUGUGGAUGCUCUAUCAGAUCCAAAGAAGUUCUUGACCAUAGCAGAAAAGAGAGCUGACCAGAUGAAGGCACUGGGGAUUGACACGAAUGACAUAGCGGAUGUUCCCAGUGGAAGCUCAAAGAACGACAAAAAGGGAAAGGGCAGAGGUGACACUGUGAAGGCCAGUGUCACACCACAAGCCAGCUCAGACACCUCACAGACCUCCAACUCUGCCCAGAAUAACACAGCAGAGACCAAGAAGGAUACUGCACUCGUGCCUAAUGUCAGCAUUGAGGACUUGAAACAAAUGAAGACGUAUCUUAAAUUGAUUAAAAAGCAGCAGAAGGAUCUGAGUGCUUUAAAGAAGAAGCAUUCAAAGGAUCAAAAUAUCAUGCAGAAAGCACACUGCACCCAGGUGGACAAGAUGGUGUCUCUGCAUGACAAAGAGAAGACAACACUGGAUAAACUAGUGGAGAAAGCAAUGAAAAAACGAGGUGAAAACAACUGCCAGGAGCUGAAGAAGGAGACGGAGGAUAAGAUCCAAACGCUGAUCAGCGAACACAAAGCCAAGGUGAAGGAGAUCACAGCACAGCACACUAAAGAGUGGUCAGAGCUGAUCAGCAGUCACAGCAGCGAGGAGCAGGAGAUGAAGGACAGCCACGUCACGCAGCAGUGUGAGCACCUGAAGAAACUCCUGACCAAUGUUCAGGAGCAGCAGACCGCGCAGCUUAAACUCAUCCACGAACGGCAGAGCAAAGAGAUGCGCGCCAACCAGGCCAAGAUGUCCAUGGAAAACAGUAAAGCCAUCAGCCAGGACAAGACCAUCAAAAACAAGGCGGAGAGAGAGAGGAGAGUGCGGGAGUUAAACAGCAGCAACACCAAGAAGUUCUUGGACGAGAGGAAACGGCUGGCCAUGAAGCACCAGAAGGAGAUGGAACAGCUUGAGAAGAACCAGAGAGAACAGGUGGAGAAACUGGAGAAGUUCAAUGAGCAGCUUUUGAAAUCACACCAUGCAAACAAACAGGCUGAAGGCCAGGGAUAUGCAGCAGAUGGUGAAGUUGGAGGAGGAGAUGGACCGCAGACCAGCGACGGUGGUGUGAGCGACUGAGAGCGAGACGCAGACACGCAAACGCAACAACACACAUGCAGUUGCAGAGACACAUCACGAUUACCCCACAGCCCAGAGACCUUCAGCCCUCCUACGUUACUGUAUUUUUUUCCUGUCAUGUGGCUAAUAUUUUCUCUCUAUGUUCACGUCCCCGCCCCUCCGUUUGUGUUUGUUCACUCACCCCGGCUGCUAGCGUCAGAGCGCACAACCAUUGGUGCCUGUCACUGAUUGACAGGUGGUUCAACCGCUUACCGGAAGACAAUUUUAUUUGAUUACCUUGAAGACAGGCGCAUCCCCUCCUCCACUGCACACAUGGAAACACACAAACCGCAGCAUUUCAUGGAUCUACACACAUACACAUGUUCUCCGGUCCCAUCCUCAGCGCUUUGGAAGGGAUCGGUCGUCAUGAUGAUGACGAUGUCCAAUAUGUAGCAGUGCACAUGCUUUCUGUAUUUUACUGAAGAAUGUAUUUUUAAAAAAAAGAAAAGGGAAAAAAAAAACACUGUGGGUAGAAGGGGGAACCUCCAUGUUUUAUUAUUAUUAUUUUGAGUCAGAAGACCGUAAGGGAUCCCGUUUUCUCAGACCAGUUUUAAUUAGGAAAUCUUGUGUUUUUCGGUUUUCUUACAAAGCAGAGCAGCAGAGUGCAAACCUCUGCCAACGACCAACAAUGGGAUGAUGUGUGAAAAUUAGGAAUGAAAACAAAAUGUAAAAAAUAUUGUUUUUUGUUUUUUUUUUUUAUCCGAGGCAAAGAUGUUGUUCUGAUAGAGUGCUAAGAAUUGACUGUCCUUUACUUUUAUAGGUGAAUUCUGUCCCGUAGUUUUACACGAUCAUCAUGUUCUUUGAUGUCUUUGUAUGUUUACAGCCUAAUGUAGGAUUUCACAAAGUAAUCGGGUUUUUAUUACAAAAAGGUUUGUUACUUUUAUAAUAUGCUACUUAUUAUACUAAUAGAGAUUUUUUUUUUUUUUUUUUUUUGAAAAUCAACACUCAGAAAUUUGUAAAUUGGUGUUUUAUUGACUUGUUUUUGAAGAUAAAAACACCAAAACCACAUAUGCACACAAGCACCGGGGUGCCCAGUAAUGUCUCAAUUGUGAUCACAUUAAAAAAUAAAUAAUUAAAAAAUUCUGAUCCACACGUCUUGGAUCUCCAUCCAGAACAGGACCAAAAUCUGUGACCCGCACACAUGACAAAAGUUACAUUUUUCUCCUGAAUUUUAUUUUCAUGUCUUUAUCUUGCAACAAGAUUCCCACUAAUAUUAAAAAGAGAAUUAUUAUUAUUAUUAUUAUUUGGCAGUCCUGGACACAAAUAAUUCUCCUUGGCAGAGGUAAUUGCAUGGAGCAAUUGGCUGUAUUUUUUCCAAAAUGUACUUCAUUUUACUGCAGUAAAACUCUUUAAUUUGAGUCAAAAACUGCAUACAAGAAACCUAGAAGAAACCACACAUGCAUGCUGCAAGCAGCAAAUGUGCAUACAAUUCCUGAUUUACACUUUACACCAGUCAGUAUCAUCAUUUAAUUUGUAAAAAGGUUUGCUGUUUUACAACGACAGCGUCUAAAACAAACAUUGACAUGUUUUGUGUUUGUUUUCAACGUAGCUAUGAAGAUGCUCCCUUAUUAGCUUCUCCACUGUAGUUUAGUGACUACACGCUGCCGUUCCUCACCGCUCUGUUUUGUUUGUAAUAAAUCUUACGAGGCGCUCGGCUCAUCGCGGCAUCGCCAGAACAGUUGACAGAUAACGCUUCAACAAACGAGUAAACUUUUCGUUUUGUGAGGCGACAGCUGGUUUGAGGAAAUGUUUUCCAGGCGACACUGCUGUAAGGAGAAAAUACUGCAAAGAGAAAAGAGAAACGUGCAAUGUCAAAGUACUGUGUGAAGUACUUCUGUGGGUACUGAAGUAUUUUCCUGGUAUUCCCAACACUUGAGCUUUUAUUUGCAACAAUGAUGAUAAAACGCACCAAAUGGGUGGUUAAAAGCACCUGUGAGUCCUUUGACCUUUUUU